AUGCGUUACGGAGUGGAAGGGUCUGAUUCUGUGAUCAGUGGGAAUUUAUUCGCUGCUGCUAAACAAUUAGCAGAAAGUGAAAUCCAACUGUUAAAAGUUAUAGAGAAUUCAAAGCAAGUGGAUAAUAAGAAUAUUAUAAGUACAAUGUCAACUAAGAGAAGUGCCAAAAAGUCUGGGAAAACAUCUAAUGUUCGUCCAUCAGCAGCUCUGAUAGCAGCUAAAAGAGAGGCAGUACAGAGACAACUGUUACAGGGGAAAGAAUCUAAUAAUGUGUUUGUACAGGAUAUAUAUCAAAAAGCUAUAGAUUCUUACAAUGUAAAGAGAAAAGAGACAGGUCUGGUGUUUGAUCGGUCUAUGGAAGAACAUAAGUGUCUUUGGGACCCAAACUAUCCAGAAUGUCCUGCUAGAUUGACUAGUAUUCUGCAAAGAUGUGAGGAACUAGGUUUAAUAAGUAGAUGCAAGUUCAUUGCAUCGAGAGAAGCUACAGAAAAUGAAAUACUUGGAAAGCAUAGUCAAAAAAUACUUGAUAUUUUAAAGGCCACCAGUGAAUGUACAGAUGUAGAUAAUUUAGAAUUGUUGUCAUCCAAAUAUGAUGCAAUUUAUGUACAUCCUUCUACCUACAAAUUAUCUCUGUUAGCUGUGGGCUCAACGAUAAAUCUAGUGGAAAGUGUAUGCAAAGGAGAAGUUCAAAAUGGAAUGGCUAUUAUAAGGCCACCUGGACAUCAUGCAAUGAAAUCAGAAUAUUGUGGAUACUGUUUCUUUAAUAACGUUGCAAUUGCUGCAGAGGAAGCUUUGAGCAAUAAUUGGGCUAAUAAAAUUUUAAUUAUUGAUUGGGAUGUGCAUCAUGGACAAGCAACUCAGCAAAUGUUUUAUAACGAUCCACGCGUUAUUUAUUUUUCCAUUCAUCGCUACGAGAAUGGCAUGUUCUGGCCGAAUCUGAGAGAAUCAGAUUUUCACUUUGUUGGGGAUGAUUUAGGCCAAGGGUACAAUUUUAAUGUACCGCUUAAUAAAGUUGGUAUGACAAAUGCUGAUUAUUUGGCCAUAUUCCAGCAAGUUCUGUUACCAUUGGCAUACGAGUUUCAACCAGAUCUUGUAAUAGUGUCAGCUGGUUAUGAUGCAGCCUUGGGCUGUGCAGAGGGUGAGAUGUUGGUUACCCCUGCAUUUUAUGCUCAUUUAGUAUCAUCUUUAAUGAGCUUGGCAUCUGGAAAAGUUGCUGUUGUAUUAGAGGGUGGUUAUUACAUAAAAUCGUUAGCUGAAAGUGCAGCAUUGACCCUGCGUGCUUUAUUGGGUGAACCGUGUCCCAAGUUGGAAGACCUUGAAUUGCCUUCAUUAAGUAUACGCGAUUCAAUAUUAAAUACAAUUUAUUCACACCGACCAUAUUGGAAAUGUUAUCAAUAUCAAGAUAUGUACAGUAUUAAUAGUACAAGUAAUAAGGAACCAAGUAUUAAUCAGCAUUUACCUGUAGUUACAUUCAAAGGAACUGAGGAUCGACCAGACAAAUAUGAAACUUCUAAUUGUUAUUUGGUUCAUAGUAAAGAAGUUCUGGAGAUGCUUGACACGAAAUUCAACGCUCUUGUACAAUUUACCAAUUUAUCUAAAGUACCAAACAAGGUGUGCAUUGUUUAUGAUGAAAGAAUGUUAAAGCAUUCUGAUAUAAGCGAUGAUACUCAUCCAGAAAAACCAAAUCGUAUUAGCGGUAUUUACAAAAGGUUCAAAGAAUAUAACAUUCUCGAUCGAUGCUACGUGCAACAAGGACGAAGUGCAACUAUGGAAGAAUUAUUGUUGGCUCACUCAAAAGAUCAUAUAGACAGGAUAAAAGGCACUGCAAGUUUAAGAGCUAAAGAAUUAAAAAAAUUAGCCACAACUUUCAAUUCCGUGUAUUUGCAUCCUGAAACUUGGACAAGUGCCUGUGUAUCUACUGGAUCAUUGUUACAAGUAGUUGAUAGCGUAUUAAAGGGGGAAAGUCAGUCUGGUGUUGCUAUUGUAAGGCCUCCUGGACAUCACGCGGGAGAGGAUAUGCUGUGUGGCUUUUGUAUUUUUAAUAAUAUUGCUGUUGCAGCCAAAUAUGCAAUAGAAUGCCAUCAUUUGAAAAAAGUAUUAAUAGUGGACUGGGAUGUGCACCAUGGUAAUGGAACUCAAUCUAUAUUCGAAGAAGAUCCAAGAGUUCUCUAUAUGUCUGUUCAUAGAUACGACAACGGUAGUUUCUUCCCAAAUUCAAAAAAUGCCAAUUAUACCUAUGUUGGCUCAGGAGCAGGAGAAGGUUUUAAUGUUAAUAUACCAUGGAAUAAAAAAGGAAUGGGUGACGCUGAAUACAUAGCAGCAUUCCAACAAGUGGUAAUGCCAAUUGCCUAUCAGUAUAAUCCAGAACUAAUUUUAGUUUCUGCGGGUUUCGAUGCCUGUAUUGGAGACCCUCUUGGAGGGUGUCUUGUAAGCCCGGAGAUGUACGGACAUUUAACAAGCUGGUUAUCAUCGUUAGCAAAUGGUCGAUUAAUUCUCAGCCUCGAGGGAGGAUACAAUAUCAAUUCAAUUUCACAUGCAAUGGCAAUCUGUACUAAGACUUUACUCGGUGAUCCUCUGCCGAUGUUAGAAAGCGGUCUAAUUCCAUGUACCAGUGCCAUUCAUUCCAUAAACAACGCUUUAAAGACGCAGAAGCAAUAUUGGUCGAAUUUAAUAUUUAAUGUUUCUUUACCGAGAGAAAACGUGCUACCCAAGGCUACAUUAAAACACGUGAAAUCAAGCGAACAAGUGAAAACAGAAAAUAAGCCUUCUAAGCAAUCCGAAUCUAAGAUAGCAUUGGAAGAAAUUGAAAGUGAAAAAUUGGAGUUGAAACUUUCAAUUGAUAAAAAUUUCAUGACAGACGAAGAGAUUGUGAAAUUACAAAACGAGGUUGAAAACAUUAAGAUAAAGAAUUCGUCGCAAGACAAUGCUGUAAAACUUAUCGAAAAUACGUAUAAUAAAUCGAUGAACGUGCAGAGUUCUGGUGCUAGUGAGGAUAAAGUCUUUGAAUGCGUUAGGCAGUGCGUGAAUCAGCCUGGAAAGGAGGUAUUUUCUAACAAAAACAAUGACAAUUCCAAUCCAGGUGGUAGUGGUGAACAAAAUGAAGGAGCGAUCGGUCGAGUCGGUGCAGCUACAAAUUUAUACGACUACCUUUCUCAAAAUUUGCAAUCGUUGAUAGCUGGGGAAAUGUUCGCCGUAGUACCUUUGAGAGAGUGUCCACACCUUGACAGUGUCAGGGAUGUGCCAAAUUCAGGAAUCGAUGUACAUUUGCCCUGUACAGAAUGCGCCAACACUGUUGAAAAUUGGAUCUGUCUGCAGUGUUACACUGUACAUUGUGCACGUACCGUUAAUCAGCAUGGUUUGUUACAUGCCGAGGAAUUGGACCACCCGUUGGCGUUAAGUUUCAGUGACUUGUCAGUUUGGUGUUACAGAUGUGAGGCGUACAUUGAUAAUCCGCGAUUAUUUGCAGCGCGUAAUGCGGCUCAUCAAAGCAAAUUUAACGACGAAUUGCCGUGGACAUACAAUGAGAAUUAAAGUGCAAACAUGCAGUGAUAAAUUGAUCAUAAUACUGUAUGUAUUU